AUGGAAAUUGUGAGCAGCCUUCAUAAUGGCAUCACAGAACCUGACUGGUUCCCUUAUGUUCCUACCCCACCAACUCCCCCACUGACUGACCAACAACAGCUGCAGGCUUCACUCCCCCAGGAUUCCCAGAGCUUGUCCUUCGUCAACAGCCUGUUCCACAGUGUUGCUGCUGAUGACUCUCUCUGGAAGACACAGUGUGAUAAAUGUUUCUUGCUGCAGGAAUGCCCUGAGGAAAGUUCAUGGAAGGAGUUGUUUGUCAAGUAUUAUGGAAACUAUGGCGAUGUCCUCGGUGUCUACCCAAAGAUUCGCACAGCAUGGAACAAGAUCAUGGGCUACCUGAAGAAGUAUGACAAGGUCAUCACUGGCUCGCUCCUUCCUCCAGCCACUGAGGAACAGUUACGGGAGGCAGAGAAUAAACUGGGCUGCCGUUUCCCCGAUGAUAUGAGGUGUUCCCUGAAGAUUUAUAAUGGACAGAAACAAGGGGCUGGGCCAGGGGUUACAGACGAUGCCCCCCUCCCUUGGUGCACGCCCAUCACCUACUGCUGCAUGACACAGCGCUGCCAGCUGAUGAGCUUCAGGGACGAGUUUGGCAUUCCCAAUGGCCAGAUAUUCUUCCCCUGUGCAGAUGAAGAUUCGAAAGACGAUGAUCUGGAUGCCUUCAUAUGUGGCAACAACUACACGGAAUGGCUGGAGGAGCUAGCAGAGAUUAUGGACAAGGAAAUCUUCUACAGAAUCAGGGGCUGUCAUUUCAGGUUUCUAGAUGUACCUGACUGUGUGAGUGUAACAAGAGGCAAGUUCACAGUGAAGGCAGGCUCGUGCUUUAUGCCAGACCUCAGCACCGUUCAUCCCCCGAGCUUCUUCUACGUCUACAGAAUAACGAUGAAGAUGCAUGACGAUGCCCCCGUGUAUGAGUCCUGUCAGCUGUUGUCGCGGUACUGGUCCAUCACCGACAUGGAUGUUAAUGAGGAAAUUGUGGAGGGGCCAGGAGUUGUAGGUGAAAACCCAGUUCUGAUUCCUGGAGAGGAAUAUUCUUGGGAGAGUGGAACGACAUUCCCUACAACAUAUGGCAACAUGAAGGGCUAUUUCACUAUGACAAGUCUCAAUAAAGACACCGAAUUCCGCAUAGAGUGUCCAGUGUUUCACAUGAAAUGUCAGCCUUACGAAACGUCAGCGCAGCGGAAGGAGAGAGUUGAAGAAAGAAAGAAGAAUUUGUAAAUAGCUCCAGGAUGUCCUUCAGCUGCAUGAUGUUUAGCAGGAUUACUGCGGACACAUUCUCCCUGACCUGAACGCCCAGGCCCCAUCUCGGUCGAAGUGACGAUGGGUAGCGAGCGACGAGAUAUCAAAGUCGGGAUAGGGAUGCUGGAGUGGAACCGGAAGGUGGUUGGACUGAUGUGGAUCGGAGAUCAGCAGCCAGCAGAGAUGGCGAUUCUGAUUCAUGUUGUACAUAGGCACAGGGACACAAAGAUGUCAUACAUGUGUGCUCAAGAAUCUGUUCGAAUUCUGGUACUUACAGGAUUAAAACAGUGCUGUUACUGUGAACUCAAUAAGAACAUGUACAAUUUUAUGGAUAACAACUUCUGGUUCAUUGCAUUUGGGGAUGUUUUGAUGUAGAUUCUUAUCUACUCACCAUCUUCCAGAAUGCCAAUCAAACAGUUGCUGUGAACAUGAUAUCGGAGCCCACAGAUAUAUCUUUCAGCAUGUGGCUUGUACCUUAUGCUCAUGUCAUGAUUACACCAGCUUCAAGAAUCUUGUUUUCAUUGGUUUGGUUCGUACACAACAGUCACAAAGUGUCUAUUUUGUUGAUUGUUUUUUGUUUGAUGAUUCCUAUUUGUCAUGUUCAACCAGACAUCACUGAAAAGUUGGUAUUUACACAAGACCUUCUUGAAAAUAUGUGUAGGGUUGUACAGAGCUGUUUUGUUGGGUUUUUUUAGGGGGGGGAGAAUGUUUGAUUUGUUCCAUUUUGGUAAAACUCUUGUUAAAGACAUAGUUGUGAAUAAUGGUUGUUAUCAUCGAGAGAAAGGAAUUUAAAAAAGGCGAAAUAAUAGAGGAAAAUUUCAAGCAAUGAUAACUAAUAAUGAAAAGCUACUUAAUUUCCAAGGCCAACUAUUAUGUUUGGACCCGAUCAUGUCAGUUUGGUGUUUCAGUUUCAAGAUUAUCUUGGUCAAUAAGAAGGAGACAAAAAAACAACAUGCUACUGUUGAUGUAGGUUUUUUUACCUUAGUAAACUCUUGGCACAUAA